AUGGACCCAAAACUAUUGGCCUUUCUCUUCUUGGCUGCUGAAGUUUCAGUCGUUUCUGGUGAGCAAUAAUUUUUUCAACAAAAAUCUCCGCUUCUCAUCAAACUAGUUAAAAAAAAUCGGGAUUUUUUCUAGAUACCGUCGUAUGCCAUCGUUCAUCUCAUUCAGCAGUCAAAGUUUAAUGAAAUGUGUAGUUCAUUGGAGCGCACAAUAGAUAAAAAAUUUUUCUAUCUCGAAAGCUAUGAGUUUGCGCAGGUAGCGACUUUGGGGGAUUUUUUUCUAAACCUUUGAAAAAAUUUCUCCACGCGCCGUUCCUGAUCAACUACAGUUUCGCGGACAACACAAACAACUCUUCAAUAAUCCUAUGAUUCAAUCUGAAAACUGUAAAUGAGCCAGAACUUUUUCAGCAGUGUGCAACAAGCUGAAGACGGAGCCAAUGGCCGGAAUGGACGGGUACAAUUCUCCUUGGGUGUUCUACGACUACAGCGUCGUCGGCAAGGUCACGGUGACUUGCAUCGGCGAAGGCGAAACUCAGAUCUCCUAUCCAAGUUUGGACUUGGGACUAAUUACUGUGAGUAGAAGAAAUGGGAAUGUUCACUUUUUAGCGCUAAACCAAUGUAAAACUUACUUUUGACAAUUUAGGUAAGACAGUGAGGAUAAUAGGUCUUUGAUGUUUUUUUUAGCCAAUCUAAAGGAAGAAGGAAUAAAGUUCCCACUGAACUUUGGUUUGACUCUAAAAGUUAUUGGUCAAAAAAAAAAAAUGAUACGUGAGAGCCUUCAAACUUGAACUUGAGAGCUCUUCGUGAGGAGCCCGAAAAAAAUAAAUUAAAUUAUAUUUUCUUCACUGCUGGCUUGACACAAUAUCAAACUAGAUUUUCAAAAAAUGAGAAAACCAAAAGAUUUAGAUUUCACUGAAGUAUUUCUACCCAGUUCAGUUACGUUUCAACUAGACUUUAGUUUGAUUUAAGAAAAUUAUCAACUGAUUCGUUAACUGGGCGUUUUCAAAAAUUUUUUUAACUUUAUCGUUUCCUAGAAAAGUAUUUCGACUUCAUUAAGACCAAAAAGUUCUUACUUCAGAACUUUAUACAUUCAAAAUUUUUUUCGUAUUUUAUCACGUCACCUUUCCUUUCAUAGUACAAAAAAGUGCAUUUUAGUGCCAGUUCAAACAUUUCUGAAUACCUCUUUGAAAUUCUACUCGGACUGGAGUCGUAAAAUUCGUGCAUAUAGAAUCUCAGUUGGUAUUUUGGUCAGUCAGAAGACGCGAAGCCAACCAAUAGAACACAAAAAGGUUAAUUUUUUUGAAAUUCAGUGCCCUCCACUAGUCAAAGAUGGUCCAACGGACUAUCAAACAGUUACCUGUGACUUGACGUGCACGGACUCCGACAAAUGGACUAUUCAACCUCCAAAGGGGCUCAACGACGGCGACGUCAUCUACUGCACCGGUUGGAUCUGAAAAAACUUUCUUACAGAAAAAUCGAUUUGCUUUUUAAAGUUAAAGUUCUUAGAUGUUCCAUAUAAAGAGCCUGAAACUCUCGACUUGUAAGUCUCCAAGAAAAAAAACUGAAAGUCAAACUUUCUGCGAAAAAAGGUUGAAAAUCCAGUUUCGAAAAGUCAUUUCAAAAUCAAAAAUUAUAAGCGAAAUAAUCUUGAUAACUCUUUGACGGACACAAUUUUGAAAGAAAAAUAACGCAAAAGCUGAAAAUUUUUGCCUGGAUAUUUCUUAUACAAUAAGCAGUGAAUAAACCUACUCUUAUUGAUUUUCUUCUGAAAGUUCAGCCAUCACCGUGCCCGCAAGUAUCCCAACAACCACUGGCCUGCCAACGACUCCAGAACCCACUACCAAAGCUACAACCCAGCCGGCCACGACUUCUGAAACUGUCAGAAGCACUUCUGAAGCUGUCAGUAGUUCAUCAGCAUCGCCUUUAACAAGCCCAAUUACUACCGAGCCACCCACUCCAUGUAAAAAUGGAAAAAUGUGCUCCACCACCGCGCGUGCAGGUUUUCUUUUUCACAACUUUUGAUGAAACUUUAAUUUUUUCCAGCUCUCACAUCAAAGUCUUCUACCACGAAUACGACGUCAACCACCACCCCCACCAAGACUCCAAGUAAAUCCAGCGGCCUGCCAACAUCGAUAAUCGUACUUCUGUGCGUGUUGUCCUUGCUCAUCUUGCUGUUCAUCGCCGGCUUGUUCUACCUGUUCGCCGUGAUCCGACACCGACGUCAGGCCGCGGCCGCUCAAGCCGACGAGCUUCAGAUUCGACCACAGGAAGAGAUUCCCUUCCCGACGACUCCGCCCAACUCCCGUUACAAAACUUAUUACUGAGAAAAGUUCCUGAGAAAAUUGGUCCUAUUUAGCCGCGAUUUGAAAUCGCCAGAUCUCUAUGUAGCCUCCUACAAAAUAUUUUGAUCGAGGUCUGAAAUAUCUUAACUUCCGUGGUUUCUUGAUUUACCACCUUACUCUUAUUAACCGUCGGUCUUCAAAAUUGUGUUCAUCUCUGAAGCAGUUGUAAAUAUUUUCGUCACUAAUUUAUUCAACAAUAUCUCUUCAAAUACGUUAUUUUCCAAUCAGAUAUGUGAAUAGUUUCCACGAGAAUGGCUCAACGCGUUGUGGUACGAACAAGGUCCGCCCGACCAAAAAGCGACUUUCGCUAAGUGGCAUCAAAAAGCUAAUUCAUAGAUUUUUAUUCUAACCGCAUCGCGACAAGCCAUUCUACAUGCGACCAGGGAUCCCAAUCUAAGCUUCAAUCUUCAUUUAAAAAAUGAACUCUCGAAUCAAAUCCCCAUAACAAAAGUACAAGUACCUUCCACGAGCUUUAAUUAUUAUUUUUCUGAUAUUUUCAUAUUUGGAGCCUAAAAAUAAACAUUUUUGAUUGUCGAACUUGUGCCGAAGAAAAUCAAAAAGAUUGCAGCACACGGGUAUUUGUUUGCAAAGUAAUAAAAUGAGCAACAUAUCGACGUCAAAUAUUUGGUAUGUUGGACAUUUUUCACCCCCAUUUUUGCUUUUUUUUUUUUGGCCGAAACUACAGUAAUUCUCUGGAUUUUGCUUGGUUUUCCCAUAUGAAUGGUUAUUCUGUGGAUUUUCACCACCUUUUCAGUGUUUUUCGUGAGUCAAGUAGUGUCGCAAGGUGAGGUUUUCAUUUUUUCUACUUUCAUGAGGCUUCCAAAAAUUCAAGUUUGAAAAGGGGAAGAGUUUCUUUGAAUCUAAAACUGUUGGAAUUAUCAGUAAAACAUAUCGUUUCGAUACAAAAAGACCUGUUUUAUCUGAUUUUCAGACCUUAUACAUAGAGGUGAUCUUCAAAUAUAAUAAGCUUCAAGAAGAUCUUUUCACUAUUCCUAGUCAGUACCGCUUAUAACUUAUUUUUAAGAGAUUUUUUUAGAAGUCGAGGGAAAUUUUCUUUUCUUUUUAAAGAUAUCAUUACUCUUCUUUGAAUCCCUCAGUUUGGUUUGAAGGUAGAAAAUGAGUUCAAAAAGUGAAACUUCCGACCUUUAAAGAUUUUUUUUUCGAGAAUUCUCGAAAUUCCCAAGUGUCUAUAGAAGCCUUAAAGAUCAUUUCGACCUAAAGAACUAAUUCCGAAAUUUCAACAAAAAGAGCUUUUUUUGAAAAGUUCUACCCAAGUGAUUUUUCUAUUUCGACUCAAAGAUCUAAUUUGGAAUUCCCAUAUGAAAAGUAGGUUUUUUGUUCGGAAAGCUUCGAUCCUCAAAAUUACUGUUUCUAGGAGCGUGUGGGGUCCUGAUAAACGGAACAAUUGCCGACGGUUUGCCACAGAGUCCCCUGGUGACGAUCACCUACGACGACGUCGCCGGCACAGCCGAAUUCGGCUGUACCGGUUGGGACGACGUCAUCAUUUCCUACAACCUCAAUCCGGACACUGGCUUCGCUGACAUCAAUGUGAUCAAUAAUUUUGUUUUAUUUAAUAUUGAUAAUCUAUUUUGUGCAAUUUCCAAUCUAAACUUGAACUUUUCAGUGCAAUCAAACGAGUCAAGAAGGCAAGGGGACGGUGUUCUGCAAGUUAUUCUGUGAUGUCAACGACAAUCAUUGGCACCAACUUUUGGGUUUUGCUACCUUCGUUGAGGACAACACUCUUUAUUGUGAAAGUGAGUUUUAAGUAAACUUUUGAGUAUAAAUGAAAAUUUCGGCAAUUCUUAAAGUAAAUGAUCAGCAAAAUAAUGAAUUUGACGUAUUAUGAAGCCAAUUUUACUGUUAUAAACCUAACAAAACGCUUCAAAAGUUGUCUAUUUAUUGGAUUGGUCGGUUAGAAAUGAGCGUUGAUUUCUUCGAUUUGUAUUUCGUUCCAAAGAUAUUUAAUUAAUGAGAAAAUUUAUCGUCCGCAUGGAAGUUCAUGAUUACAAUUGAAAAAUACCUUUUGGGUCCCUCUAACUUUGUCAUGUAUGUAUCGAGUUAAACUCUAUCAAUAACGCUUCUAACCGGCGAAUGUACUAAUUUCCCGGUUAUUCGCCUUCGAAUAAUUGCUUGCCAACGGUACAUAUAUUUCAAUUUUACUUCAGCCACAUCUCUACCGACGGAUUCUACGGUAUCUACCGCAACUCAACCAUUGACAACACCAACGUCAGUUCCAACUUCUUUUGGGUCCACCCAAGUGUCUACAUCAUCAGCGCCAACCUCUACAAAAACAUUGACAACACCCUCGUCUUCUGGAUCUACUGCAACCGAAAAGAUUUCCACAUCAUCUUCAGCGCCAACGUCUACGCAAGCAUUGACAACAGUAACGACAGUUCAAAGAAGUUUGUUUUGUCUUGAAGCUGAGAAUCUUCUCGAAGUUUUUAGAAAAAAAAUAAUUUUUUUUUCAACCUCUUUUGAUCUCUGAUUCAGCUGACUGCGAGCCAAUCGUGAACGGCUCGACGAACCCGCCGGGCAACAAUAUCUCCAUCAGUCCACUGGUGCAGAUCGAGUACCUGCCCGAGCACUUAGCCAAGUUCGCCUGCACCGGGAUCGGCAACGCCUUCAUCGCCUUCUACUUCGAGAACUUCAAUGGCGAAGUGAAUUCCAAUGUCCGCCUUGCUUCUCAAUCUGAAUGACGAGAUUUUGACAGUGCGAAGACGCGAGAGUCGAAGAAGGCGGCUACGUGACCGUCUCCUGCAUCUUCGAGUGCAACGUCGACAAAGGAUUCUGGACGAAGAAGACGUCGCCGUCGAACGAAUUGAGGAUCAUUAAUAAUACAAUUUAUUGCGAAAGUGAGUUUGACUGAAAAUGGAAAUCGCAUCAAAGCCGUUCCCAGUGAGACCAAAGCGGUCUCAUAAUCCCAAAAAUCCCUAAAAGAUGAAAUUUUCAGCCGCAACGCCGUUCCCAACCCCACCACCAGUCCAGACAACCAAAGUAUCAACGAGGAUCACUUCGAAGACAAAUCCUACAAACCCUACAAAUCCUACUACAAAUUCAACGACUUCUCCAGCCGGAGCGACUUCCGUUCUCACUACCGUAACCAAAAAACCUAUCACCAUUCCUGUCAAAACCACUACGGCGACCAAAACACCAAAAACCACUCCUUCUCCUCCUCGUUCCGGCCUGUCUACUUUGGAAAUUAUUCUGAUUGCCGCUCUGAGUGGCGUUGUAGUUAUGCUGAUUGCUGUUAUUGUUUUCGCCGUUUUGACUUACCUGGCCAAAAAUUCGGACAGGUAUGACGGCAUACCGCGAUAAUUAGAGUCUAAUUAAUAAUUUUUUCACGGGUAAAUUUAUUUGAAUUUCGAGCAAACAUUUUUUUGAGAUUCAUACGAAAAAUUCUCCUUUUCUCAAUUUUUUUACUAAAAAAAGCUCCUUUUUUUCUCUAAAUGCCAACUUAAUAUAGAAAGAAGAGAAAAAAAUUGAGUUUUUUUGCUUUUUUUAUCAUUGGAGCACACUUGACCAAGUUUUUUUGGAAGCUGUUUUUUUCGGGCCUUGUAUCAUUUUUUUGUCCGAUUUUUUUAUACUUCUAUUUCUUCUUUAUCAAUAGAUCUUACUAGAGGAAAAAUCUCUUUUUUUCAUGUUGAUAUCCUAUUUUCAUUUUUUUCUCGAUUAAUUUGUUACCCUUUCUAGUCAUUUCGUUCAGAAUUUAUAGGUACAAUUUUUCCUGGAACGUGUAUAAAUCUUCCUUUUUUUAUAGCACAAAUUUAUGUUUUUGAACCAUUGUUCGACUUGAAAUAAACUUCAAACGUAUCUUUUUUUUUUGAAAGCCUGAGAUUUCAAACGAACUUGGUUUUUGAAAAAUAUAUACGCGCCCUAGCUUGAGAGUGAACUGUCGCACGGGUAAUUGCUCAGCCGCUCCGAAACGCACCGGACUUGAAACUACUUGAAAUAAAUCUUCCCGCUGGAACCUCAAACCGCAACGCGACCGCGACGCAAAUACCCAUUCCAAGUAAGAAAAAUAUGAUUUUUUCUUUUUCAACUUUUCAUUGAGACCUUUUGAGUCUUUUUCUCAUAAUGUAUUCGAGAACUUAUUUGAAAAAAGGUGUGAUUGAAAAAAUCUAAAAGUUUCAUUUUUUGACCUCGAUAGAUCAUCUGAUUCUCCAAGUUCGUCACCGAGCCCCGAGUAUUGUUACAAUUCCAAAAUCUCCACAAAUAAUAACUUUCUCACCUUCCUUUUAUGUGUUUGCACGGUUUUCGGUGAUAAGAUUACCCGAGGAGCGUUUCAAUUCCGUUUGAGUCAAGUUCCUCUUGCUCGACGUCGUAAAUGCUUUCAGCGGUAUUCCUGAUCAUUUGUUUGUUUCAUUUGGGAAAAUCACAAGGUAUGUUACAUUCUAAAGUAGUAGGAAAGGUGCGAAUUCGAUAAUCUUAUUCGUGAAACAGCCAAAAAUUUCUCUGAAGCCUAAUGUUUGAUAAAAUUCGUAUAGUUUUUGUUCAUUUAAUGGUUUUUUUUUCUCAUUUUGAUCUAUCUCAUGAUCCUAUGGCCUUUUCGGUGAGAGAAAAGAAGACGCUGACAUGUCACAUAAGUUUAGGCUAAUAGGGAAUAAUACAUUGAAAUCUUAACGUGGUCGCACAAGGAAUGGGUCAAAGCGUCGCGGUCGCGUUGCGGUUAAAAUCGAGUUCUCUCUCUCUACCAGAACGGCGCACGGUGCCAGCACCAAUAAUCCGCAGCACGGUGCAUGUGGUAGUGCGGCUCCUCGCGUUUUUCGAGACAUUUUGGUGCGAAUUGAGUGUAUGCGCACGAUGCAGCAGCAUGCCUCCUUAAGAAAGUUCAAUUUAGCUAUUUAGCCAUAUUUAGAUAAAGCUAGAGCUCUUGCUGUUUCGAUUCAGGCACAGCCUUCUGAUCCAAUUCCCCUCGUCCAAUUUUAAUCGAAAAAUGAUAAAUCAAAAAAAACAUAAUAAUAACGAUAAAUGCCUGCACCGUGCGCAUGCGCUCAAUUUGCACCAAAAUGUCUAAAAAACGCGAGGAGCCACACUACCACAUGCACCGUGUAGCGGGUUAUUGUUGCUGGCCCCGUGCGCCGUUCUGGUAGAGCUGUAACACUUUCGGAUGCCAAUGCUCGCAAGUCUUUCUGGGUCUGCCGCAUUUGAGAAAAACUGUGGAACCAUUAAAUGUUUUUAUGGCAAUUGAAACUCCUUGUUUUUUCUUAAAUGUCACUCUAUUGACGCGCAGCAGCUUUCUACAUUAAAUACAAAUUUUCUCGACUCAAACAAAUUAAUUUUUCUCUCUAUUCCGUCUAGGACCUUGCGGAAAACUGAUCAGCGGAACCGGAGGUGAUGGGGACGAAGUUUUAUACAGUCCAUAUGUUUCCGUCGACUACGACGAUGUCUCAGCGACGGCGAAUUUUCACUGCACGGGUGAUGGCUUCACCGCCAUCAACUACAAUUCCGUGAAUGGAGAAACGAGCCAUACGGUUUGACUUUUUUAUUAUUUUCAGAAAGCUCCGUAAUUUUUUUAGAUUCCGAUUAUUUGGUCUCAAUGGCUUGCAAACUAUUUUCUUUUCAGUGCGAUGAGACCUACGAAGACGGAGUUCAGACGGUCAGCUGCUUGCUUUUUUGCAAUUCUACUGACGGCCACUGGUAUCAGUUCCAGAACCUAUCGAUCUUCGUUAUCAACGACACCCUAUACUGUGAAAGUUCGUAGUUUUCAUCAUUAUUAAGGCCCUUUUUAACUAAGAGCAUGUCUCUGAGACAACCUCAGGAUCAGGAGAACAAACUCCAGUUUUUUUCAAAAAGCUGUUACAGCCUUUGAACUACCGGAUAUUCAAACAUCAACAGUCUCGCCGACUUCUUCCGAACAAACGAGUCCAAAAACAGGUUUUAUCUUCUUUUCAUGAAGGUUUAUGAAAAAACCUUUUUUAGAGACAACUUCCAUCGAAACGAGUGUUUCUUCUCAAUCAGUCCGAACUUCAACAAUCAGCUCUGGAACGUCGAGAUUUUCAUUUUCGUCUUCCAGAAGCACUAAAGCUUCUGAAUCGUCUUCUACAACUCUCCAAAGUACGAUUUCUGGAGCAAUUUCUACUCGCACGUCUUCUGGACCAACAUCCACUUUUCACGUGUCACCUCAAAGCUCAAAAGUCACUCAAACACCUACUGGGAGACCUUCUGAACCAACAGCGAGCAGUUCGGAGAGUUCCGAAACGACGGAAUCUUUCUCCACAUCUUCAAAAAGCACAGAAGGCCCUCAAACCACAACUACCGACCCAAAUGUAACGACUACCUUUGCAACUUCCUCAAAGUCUCUAUCGCUUGUGACUUCAAGAAGCACCCGAACUUCUCCUGAAAUAACAUUUGGAAGCACAAAAUCGGGUUCAAUUUCAACAAUCAACGUUGCAACUUUGUCGACGUCUCAUUCGCCUGUGACUUCAAAAAGCACUGACACUUCUCCUAAAAGAACUUCCGGAAGCACGACUUCUGAAUCAACUGUGCCGAUUAGCCCUGCAAUCACCCCUCCAUCUUCUACGGAGCUCGGAAGCACGUCUUCUGGAACGACAUCGUCUCCUCAGUUUUUAAACAGCACCGAAGCUUCUUCUACAACUUUUGGUAGCACACAAACUUAUUCAACAUCUCAGAACGCUAAUUCUGGAUCAACUGAAACGAAGGAAUCUUCGACAGCAGCUUCAUCUAAAUCUUCGAUGAACACGGGAACUCCUCGAGCAUCUUCUGUAACUCAUGAGAGCACGACUUCUGGGCCAAAAGCUACAAGUGCAAUCAGUUCUCGAGCGACAUCAUAUUCUUCUGCAUCUCCUACAUCUUCAGAAGGCACGGAAUCUUCUUCUACAGUUUCAAUAAGCACGCUACCUGGUUCAACCUCUGAGAUCACGACUUCUGAAACAUUUACUUCUUCAACUUUCAGGAGCACGAUUUCUGAGAAAACUACAAAAAGUUUUACACCCGUAAUAACUUCUUCCUCUCAAGCGAUUACCACAGUUGAAAUUUCGAAAACGUCUACAGAGAGAUUCAAAUCCUCAUCUGCCACCAGUCCGUCAUCAGCUGGCAGUACUUCUUUCAGCUCAUUGAGCCGACUUUCGACCACUUCUUUGCCAUCUUUCAGUACUGCCAAUACAACACAGUUCAUUCAAACUAAUCCCACCUUGGCUAGCAGUACCGAAAAAUCGAGAUCAACAGAAAGACCUGGAAGUUCUACCAAUGGAAUAUCAAUUUCAUCCUCGUCCAGCAGCACAUCCACUUUUUCCGGAGCCUCCAGUACAACUUUCGAUAGUUCAACUCAGACUCCAAUUUUCUCAACUAUCACGGCCGCAGGUUCAAGUAAAGGAACAACAGCGAAAUCUUCAACACCUUCUACGAAUUCUAACAGUGCUGCUUCUGAAAGCUCUUCGACUUCAGUUUCGAAAACUUCAAGCAGCAUAUCCCAAAGUUCAUCAGCUUCUUCAAUGGCUAGUUCACAAAAGUCGACUUCCAUCUCAGUUCUGAGCAGUUUUGCUCCAUCAAGUUUUUCAACGACUUUUGAGGUUUUGAGCAGUACGACUCCUGGAACAAAACCGAGCCAAGGUUCCACUUUUCCUGCCUCGACAGCCACCAUGAGUCCUACCUUAUCGUCCGAAACGCCAAUAUCAGUUACUACUCAAAGAAUCAGUACGAUGUCAUCUUCUUCCAGUACGGCGCAUGAUAAUUCUACUCAGAUCCCGUUCGACUCAACAACUUUACCCUCAAGAUCAUCGUCUACUUAUUCGACAAGCAAUACGAAAAGUGUCAGUUUCACUCAGAGCUCCAGUCCGACGUCGGUGUUUCCCAGCCCUGCACCAGGAAGUUCUACGAAAAUUUCUACGGAUUCAACCACCUCAAACAGCCUCACCUCCUCGUCUGUCAGACCAACUCUGACUUUUCACUCCAGUACCAAAUCUGAAAACUUUACCCAAACAACCACUGAUUCCGCUACAUCGCCUAGCACUACUCAAAAAGCUAGCUCCAUCCUGACGUCCGGAACCUCUUCAGUUUCAUCCAGUACCAGUUCUGGUGGCUCAACGCGAAUUUCAACGACGUCGGGAAAGCCUGCCUCAACUUCGACAGACUUCCCUUCAACUUCAAUGAUCACUACUCAGAGAGCAAGUUCAACUGCAGCAUCCAGUACGACGCCAAAUCCUCUGACAACUUCUGA